AUGAUGGCUAACAGCGAAUUAUCAAGCACCAGUCCUUCAGCAAAGGCGGUAGCGAAUGUGGAAACCACAGGAGAGUCCCCAACCAUUAUCGCAGAGACAGAUCUCGUGACGGCUUUGCAGCAGCUUCUUCAAGACCACGAACUAGAUCAAAACUUUCCUCAAGAUAUCUUGAACCGAAUCCGAGACUUUCUCGACAGGCAAAAACGCCAUGACCUAGUGACGGACCUUGAAUUGGCGCGAACUCUCUUCGACGACUACCACGAGCAGAGAAACUUGGCAUUAAACCAUUCGGCAUAUCCAGAAGUACGCGCCGUUGUCGAUCCCACCGAUGAUCCCACAUUACCGGUGGCAACUUUUCGAGUCUUCUUGUUAGGCACAGUGUUCACCGUCGCCGGUACUGCAAUCCAGCAGUUCUUCUCGUUCCGCAUGCCAGCCAUCAAUAUCACGACAUACGUCGUUCAGCUGCUGUCCAUGCCCCUCGGCUUAGGCAUGGCCAAAUGGCUACCUUGUCGACAGCUGGCUAUUAAGGAAUGGACUUUUUCUUUAAACCCUGGCCGUUUUAAUGAGAAGGAACACCUGCUCAUUGCCGUCAUGGCCAAUGUCGCCUUUGCUGGAUACAUGCAUGGAGCAUACAUUGCAAGCCCCAUUCAAGUUCUUUCACUGGAUCUCUUUUACGGAGAAAAAAUGCUCUCUAACAGUGCUACAUGGCAAAUCACAACGUUUAUUGCCACACAGAUGCUUGGCUACGGCUGCGCUGGCAUCAGCAGGAGAUUCCUCGUUUCUCCCCCUUCGAUGAUCUGGCCACGACCUCUCGCCAACAUUGCCCUUACAAAGGCGCUACAUAAAGACGAUGCUAUUAAGGAUGCGCAGAAUUCGGUUAAUGGCUGGAACAUCUCGCGCUAUCGAUUUUUCCUCUUCUGUUUUUGGGCCAUGUUUGUGUGGUACUGGAUCCCAAACUACAUUUUCCAGCCUUUUACUCUCUUCAACUGGCCCACAUGGUUUUCGCCCAGUAAUGUUAAACUUGCGCUCAUCAUGGGCAGCACUUGUGGACUCGGACUCAAUCCUCUGCCGACACUAGAUUGGAAUGUUUCAACUUAUUUUGGCGAUCCCAUUGUAACGCCUCUCUUCACACUCGUCAAUUAUGCCUCUGGUAUGGCUUUUAUGGGAUUCAUCAUAGCCCCGAUUGUAUACUUUAAAAAUGCGUGGCACUCUGGCUAUCUCCCCAUCAACACAAACAAGGUCUAUGACGACUCGGCAAGCUUAUACGAUAUACGUCGAAUACUCAACGCCAACAUGACACUCAAUGAAGAAAAGUACCUCGCCUAUAGCGUCCCCUGGCUAUCAUCAAACCAAAUCCUUAAGCUCGGCGCUUUUAUCAUGAUUUACGUGGCUGUCCCUGUGCAAAUGCUUCUGUGGCACCGUAAGCAAAUUACACAGAGCCUGAGAUCAAUAUGGGACCGUAAGACGCGAGAAGAAGACUUCAACGAUGUGCACAACCGCCUAAUGCGAGAAUACGACAAAUGCCCCGAUUGGUGGUAUCUGAUUGUUCUAGCCAUAUCUUUUGGACUGGCUUGUCUAUCUGUCACAAUUUGGCCGACGGGUAUGCCUGUUUGGGGCGUUCUUCUGGCUGUAUUGUUCACAAUCUUUCUUCAGAUUCCCAUCGGCAUGCUCACAGCAAUCACCAAUAUUGAGCUGCCCACGAGCAUCCUAUCACUCUUGAUCGGAGGCUAUGCUUUGGAGGGGAAAGCCCUUCCCAACAUGAUUUUUACGCUUUAUAGCUAUAUGUCUACCUCGCAAGCUAUGAAUUUCGUGGCCGAUCUUAAGAUGGCGCACUAUGCUAAAAUACCACCAAGAAUAGUCUUCACAGCGCAAAUUUACGCCACUCUCAUUGCUGCGUUAGUUGCCUUUGCGGUUAAUCGCUGGGUUCUCGCCGGUGUGGAAGAUCUAUGUACUGAGUUCCAAAAAGAGCGGUUUUUCUGCCCUCAUACGCACACGUACUUUAUGUCAUCCAUUCUCUGGGGGCUUGUCGGCCCUCGCAGACUCUUUGGACCAGGGGGUCCCUACCGUGCCAUCAUAUACUGCGUUCCACUUGGCAUUCUCCUCCCAGUUGGGGUGUACCUUGCGGCGAAACGCUGGCCUGGAUCGUCCUGGCGAAGCGUGAAUGUACCCAUCUUACUGGCCGGUCCAUUGGGGUGGGCGCCUUACAACUGGAGCUACAUGCAGGGCACACUGUCACUCGCUUUGUUUUUCAAUUUCUUCAUCAAGAGGUGGUAUAGAGCUUGGUGGGAGAGAUAUGCAUAUGUAUUGACGAGCUCGUUCACGUCAGCGAUUGGGAUUUCGGGCCUGGUGAUUUUCUUUGCAUUGCAGAAGUGGAACAUCAGAUUGGACUGGAUAGGAAAUAGAAUAGCAUGGCAGGGGGUCGAUAGAGGAGGAUAUAGAGAUGCCGAUGGACAUGUUGUUGGGUGUACGAAUUUGGUGCUGCAGCCAGGAGACCAUUUUGCAUAG